AUGUUUCGUAUCAAGUGCCAGGCGAAAGACUACGCGUGGGGGCUGCCCGCGGGGGAGAGCGAGGUGGCCGGACUAGCGGAAGCCGCGGGCGAGCACAUCGAUGGGUUCAAGCCGUAUGCGGAGCUGUGGAUGGGCACUCAUCCCUCGGGGCCGUCCACGGUGGCCGCGACUGGUGCGAACCUGCGCGACUGGCUGCAGGCGAACUCGCAGGCACUCGGAGAGCCCGUCAUCGCCAAGUUCGGGACAGACCUGCCCUAUCUCUUCAAGGUGCUCUCGGUGCGCACAGCCCUGUCCAUCCAGUCGCACCCGGACAAGCAGCUCGCCGAGCGUCUGCACUCGGAACGCCCGGACAUCUACAAGGACCCCAACCACAAGCCCGAGAUGGCGCUCGCGCUCACUCCGUUCCAGGCGCUGUGCGGGUUCGUGUCCCACGAGGAGCUCGCCGCGUCGAUGGCCUCCACGCCCGAGCUGGCGACGUGCUGCGGACCGAGCGCCAAGCGCUGGCUCGACGGGUCGUGGACGGAGAACCCCCAGCAGUGCCUGCGCGACGCGUUCACCGCGUUGAUGACGUGUCCACAGGAGAAGUUCCGGGAGGCGCUGGCGGCGUUGGUGGCGCGGAUACGGUCGCAGGAUGCCGCGCCGCCGAGCGAGCGCGACCAGCUGGUCCUGCGUCUCGACGAGCAGUACCCCGGGGACGUGGGGGUGCUGUCCUCCUACUUCCUGAACGUGGUGACGCUCAAGCCGGGGGAGUGCAUCUACCUCCCCGCCAACGAGCCGCACGCGUACGUCACGGGGCAGCUCGUCGAGUGCAUGGCCACGUCCGACAACGUCAUCCGCGCAGGUCUGACGCCGAAGCUCCGGGACACCGAGGUGCUGUGCGCGAGCCUCACCUACGGCACGGGCAGCCCCGUGGUCCUCCGCGGCGACCCCGUCGCCCCCUGCCGCACGCUGUACCGCCCCCCCUUCGAGGAGUUCCAGAUCGAGCGCGUCGACAUCCCCCCCCUGACCGAGGCCGACCUGGGCGCCAACCCGGGCCCGCGCAUCAUGGUCGUGCUGAUGGGCCUGGCGCAGGUGCGGGCGUCGGGGCCGUGCGGCGAGCUCCCCGGCGCAGAGAGCGACGGCGAGGCGGGGCGCGGCGCGGUGUACCUCAUUCCGGCCGACACGACGGUCUCGGCGAUGGCGUCGCAGCAGGGAUUCGUGGCCUACGUGGCGUCGUGCAACGACGUCGUCUUCGCCGCGGCCGCAGCCUCGCCCGCCGCCCAGAUGCAGACGGCGGCCGCGUAG